GGCGGCGCGCUUUACGGCGUCAGCGUGAGUACGUGACGCUGCGCCGUGGCCUCAGUUCACACGUGGCGGCGGCAGAGGCUAGUUGUAGGUGCUGCUGCUGACGGUGACUGCUUUCACGUUUCCAGUAUGAAGCGGCCGAAGUUAAAGAAGGCAAGUAAACGCAUGACCUGCCAUAAGCGGUAUAAAAUCCAAAAAAAGAUUCGAGAGCACCAUCGAAAAUUGAGAAAGGAGGCUAAAAAACGGGGUCACAAGAAGCCUCGGAAAGACCCAGGAGUUCCAAACAGUGCGCCCUUUAAGGAGGCUCUUCUUCGGGAAGCUGAGCUAAGGAAACAGCGGCUUGAAGAACUAAAACAGCAGCAGAAGCUUGACAGGCAGAAGGAGCAGGAGAAGAAAAGAAAACUCGAAACUGACCCUGGUGUUAAAACAUCUAACUUGGAACCUGUGAAGGAGGAAUAUGGACAAUGCAAAACUAAGAACAAAGCCAAGUCAGGCAAACAGCAUCCGAAGAAGUUGUACUGUCAGGAACUUAAAAAGGUGAUUGAAACCUCAGAUGUUGUGCUGGAGGUAUUGGAUGCCAGAGAUCCUCUUGGUUGCAGGUGUCCCCAGGUAGAAGAGGCCAUUGUCCAGGGUGGACAGAAAAAGCUGGUACUUGUGUUAAAUAAGUCAGAUUUGGUACCAAAGCAGAAUUUGGAGAACUGGCUGAAUUAUUUGAAGAAGGAAUUGCCAACAGUGGUGUUCAAAGCCUCGACACAUCUGAAGGACAAAGGGAAGAUCAUCAAGGUAAGGAAGAAAGCUGCUUCAUUCAAAAGAGAAGUCUGUGUUGGGAAAGAAGGCCUUUGGAAACUUCUUGGAGCUUUUCAGGAGACUUGUGGCAAAGCGAUUCGGGUUGGAGUAGUUGGUUUCCCAAACGUGGGGAAAAGCAGCAUCAUUAAUAGCUUAAAACAAGAACGGAUAUGUAAUGUUGGUGUAUCCAUGGGGCUUACAAGUCACCAUCUCUCUUGUUCCAGGAGUAUGCAGGUUGUCCCCCUGGAUAAACAAAUCACAAUCAUAGAUAGUCCAAGUUUCAUUGUGUCUCCACUUAACUCUGCCACCGCACUUGCUCUGAGAAGUCCAGCAAGUAUUGAAGUAAUAAAACCAGUGGAGGCUGCCAGUGUCAUCCUGUCCCAGGCUGAUAGUCGACAGGUAGUACUGAAAUUUACUGUCCCAGACUUUAAGAAUUCUCUGGAAUUUUUUACUUCACUUGCUCAGAGAAGAGGACUACACCAGAAAGGUGGAAGCCCAGAUGUAGAACGUGCUGCCAAACUGCUGUGGUCUGAGUGGACAGGUGCCUCCUUAGGUUAUUAUUGCCAUCCCCCUGCAUCCUGGACUCCUUCUCCACAUUUUAAUGAGCGCAGCGUCACAGACAUGAAUUGGGGCUUUAACCUGGAAGAACUGGAAAAGAACAAUGCACACAGCAUACAAGCUAUCAAGGGCCCUUGUUUAGCCAGUAGCAUCCUUUUCCAGUCUUCGGGUCUGACAAAUGGAAUAAUAGAGGAAAAGGACAUAGCUGAAGAAUUGCCAAAACAGCAAAAGAGAAAGCAGGAGGAGGGGGAAGACUGCGGAGACAUUGAUAGCGACCCGGAAAACGUUGAUGAAGAAGCUGUUGAAAAGAGCUCAGACACGUGCCCUGCAGAAGAGGCCUGGGAGGCACUGCCUGAGGAGGUUCAAGCAGAUGAACAGUCUGCACAAUCUCAUGUCUUAGAUAAAAUGACUGAAGAGGAAGAUGAUGCUUAUGACUUCAGUACAGACUAUGUAUAACAGAACCUUGUCCUUUUGUAAGAGUUUUUGUUUUUAAUGUUUUGAGGAGACUCCUAAGCUGUUAAUAGGUGUGUGGUGUACCAGUUUGUUACAGUAUGGCAUAUGCUGUAUAAAUUUUGUGAAUAUGUAUCAGUAUAUAUUCAUUUUUUAAAAAUCA